AUGCGAUCAGAACCCAAGACCCCUGUAACAGCCAUGUGUGCCCGUGCUGAGCAGCUCCCCGGUGCUAGCCGUUCAGCCAGCCUAGCCAAAACAGGCCCAAAUACUGCAGCUAGUCUUUCUGUGGCAUCGUCCUCUCUUUUUCCCAUGAACUUAAUUGGUAGCAAGGUACCACCAGUCUCUAUUGGGAAUAUAUUUCAAGGAAUCCACAAGUACUGCCCCAAGGACUACGUCUGCAUAGUUGAUGCUGUGAAAUCCUCUGAAGUUACAUCUGGAAAUAUCGCAUUCAUAGUAGAGUUAUUAAAAAAUAUUUCUGCAGGCUUGCAAACCUAUAAUGGACCACAUGGUAAUGUGACUCAUGAGAAAAUGAAGAACUAUGGGAAAAUGGCCAACCACAUCCUUAGCAAGACUGCCAUUUCAAAUUGGGCUUUCAUUCCCAAUAAAAAUGCCAGCUCAGAUUUGCUGGAGUCAGUGAACUCCUUUGCCAAGAAACUCCAAGUCCAUAGUGAAUCUGAGAGCAUUGUCAAUGAACUCUUCAUUCAGACAAAAGGUGCUCGCAUCUAUCACAACACCUCCAAGAACAGCUUCAACCUCUCUAUGCCUAUGGACAAGGACACAGAAGAUGUCUUAGUGCUGAUAGAAAUUCCCAGACACGCACUACACAAGCUGCCAUCCAAUGCCUCCCAAGCCAUUGGCAUAGCUUUUCCAACCUUGGGGGCCAUUCUUAAAGAAGUCCAUGGGCCAAAUAUGAAUCUCUCAAAGCCCAUAAAUAGUCUGAUACUGUCACUGGUUUUGCCAGAAGAGCUGAAAGAAAUCAUACUCAUCUUUGAAAAGAUCAAUAAAUCCCAGAGCACCAGCAGCCACUGUGUUGGCUGGCAUUUGGAGAAGAGGCAGUGGGAUGAGAGCCCGUGUAAAAUGGUGUUGGAUUCCACUGGCACAGUGAAUUGCCACUGUAACUACAACAGAGCUGUGACGUCCUUCUCCAUUCUCAUGUCAUCCAAACCUGUAAGGGACACGGUUCUGAGCUAUAUCACUUUCAUUGGGAUCAGUGUCUCCAUCUUUAGCUUGGUGCUCUGCCUGGUUGUCGAAGCCGUGGUUUGGUCCCGGGUGGUUGUGACAGAGAUAUCAUACAUGCGCCAUGUGUGCAUUGUGAACAUCGCGGUGUCCCUCCUGUCAGCGAACGUGUGGUUCAUCAUUGGCUCCAGUGCAAAUGUUCAGGAGGACCACAAGUGGUGUGUGGCCGUGACAUUUUUCAACCACUUUUUCUUCCUCUCCCUGUUCUUCUGGAUGCUCUUCAAAGGGCUGCUCAUAGUCUAUGGGAUACUGGUUGUUUUCCGAAGGAUGAUGAAGUCUCGGAUGAUGGCCAUUGGCUUUGCCAUUGGCUAUGGGUGUCCCCUGGUGAUUGCUGUCAUUACAGUUUCUGUGACAGAGCCCGGGGAAGGCUACAUCAGAAAAGAUGCCUGCUGGCUUAAUUGGAACCAAACCAAAGCCCUUUUGGCAUUUGCCAUCCCAGCCUUGGCCAUUGUGGCUGUGAAUCUCCUUGUGGUUCUGGCAGUUGCUAUUAACACUCAGAGGCCUUUGAUCGGCAGUUCAAAAUCUCAGGAUAUGGCCAUAGUUAUCAGGAUCAGUAAAAAUGUUGCCAUACUCACCCCGCUGCUGGGACUGACCUGGGGUUUUGGUCUAGUAACCUUGCUAGAAGGCACACACCUGGUCUUCCAUAUCAUCUUUGCCUUGCUCAAUGCUUUCCAGGGUUUUUUCAUCCUGCUGUUUGGCACGAUUAUGGAUCACAAGAUAAGGGAUGCUCUGAGGAUGAGGGUAUCUUCAUUGAAGGGGAAAUCGAGGGCAGCAGAGAAGGCAUCCUUAAGUCCAGCCAAUGGAUCCAAAGUACUGAAUCGCUGAGACUAAAAUAUUGCAUAUUUCCCAGAGAUGUCUAGCUUGCUGGGAUGGAGAGGAGCUCCAAGAGAAGGAGGAACAGACAUAUCUGGAAUGAAGCGACAUCCUCUCCCAACCAGGAGCACUGCCUCAUUUGGGAAACUAGCUGAGGCUCACAGCGGAUGAGAAGGCUUUUUAAAAAAGCCAGCCUGCUAACUCAGAUUUGACAAUGACUAACUUUUUGUUCACCUUGUCAAGAUUCACAAUCCAUCUGCAAGGCAUUGCACAGUUUCCUUGGAGGACCCAUGGCUGGCGGGCAGUCUCUGGAGUUGUCAGUCUCACUCCUCAGGCUGCCUUGUGGCUCUGGGCCCAGACAUCCUCUCACUGAGGGGAUCCUGGGUGUCUGGAGGACUCAGGUCAGAUUCAGUGUUGGUGGUAGGGUUGGAGGUGAAAUGUGAAGGAUACUGUAUCUACUUUGAAGUUUGCCCAUGGUUAGUUUCCCCCAAAUAGGAAAGGAACAUUGGGAGUGUUCUGUAUGCUUAUUGUUUUAAUCCCUGAGUAAAACAAUCUAGCUUGUAGGAUCUUUGCUUCUUCAUUUGUAGGACAGACACAAUGCUCUUACAGGUCUUACUAUUUAUAUGUGCAUGUCUUUAUGACAGUUCCUUUUUAAACAACUGUAAAUAAAGA